UUUGAGUAUUUAGUCAUAGUGAUAUGCACUAUCGUUUCAAUGUUAGUCAUGGAAUAGAGGGGCCAGUGUUCCAGAUUCUAGGAUAUCGAUUUCUGAUUUGUUUCUUUUUCAAAAUUAUGAAGAUGAUGGCUUGGAGAAUCGCAAGUAUAUCUAUCUUACACCGUAUAUACUCUGCUAUACUUGAAAAACUUUCUUGGUAAUUGCUAGUGAGAAAAUGAGCAAAUGGAAGACUGGAUUUGUAAACCAUAACGAGGAGAUGUAAAAAGCUAUCUGAUAAGUAUCAGUGUUCUUUUUACAUCAUCAAACUAUCUAUAGUUGUGUUUUGGGGUGUGACUAGAACCUUUUCCUUUUCAUAUUUCUACAGGUUAGGUCAACCAUUUUUGAAGACUUUAGUCCUGAAACUGAUAAGAAGUUGCCUGGUAUAUUGCAGAGUCAAGAAGUCAAGUCUUUACUGAUGUGAAAGUGUCUUUAUUUCCUCAGUAAGUCUGAUUAUGUUUGGUUCCACCUAGUAUGUAUUUUUGACAAGUUUUACCAGUAAGAUGAAGACUUAAUAUAGAGAAAGUGUUUAGAAGUUAUGGCACUUCAUCUUAUAAGAUACAAGUCUGGUGAGCUAGAGAGUUGCAAUUCACAGAACUUUCAGAUAGCUUUGAUCUUUCUUGUAGUAGGAUACACAAUAUGUCUUUGGCUUCUUCGUCUAUUUGCGUUAUUCUAUCUCUUCUUCUGAUGUUAGUUCAGGCAAAGUGGAGAAAUGAUUCAACUUGUCCAAAGUCCUUUUCAUGUGGAAAGCUUACUGACCUGAGCUUUCCUUUCUCUCUAUCCACACAACCUGACUGCGGAAUAGUUCCCAUCUCUCAUUGUGAUGCUAAACCAUUUCCAAGAAUCCAACUGGUUCCUGGAGGAGAAUGGUACUAUGCUAUGGGAAAGGAGUAUACUUAUACUAUUGUACUUGUGGACCUGAGGCUUCAAACCACGUUGACGCAACACAAGUGCCAGGCUUUUAAUGAAAAUAUCUCCCUUUCAGGCUCUCCUUCUAUUUCUUACACUGCAGUUGACCUUCAGAACUUCUACAAAUGCAACAGGACUAGUAGUAACAACAAAGAUCAUUUUGAUGGUUAUCACUCGUACAAUGGCUGUGAUGGAUUCACCAUAUACUACAAGUUCGAUGGAGUUGAUGAUGAAGACAUUCUAGCAGGCAAUCAUACAGCCAACUGUUCACUUAUCAGAUUGCCAUAUUACCAAACAGAACCUGGUGAUGAUAAUUUGGUCAACUUCUUAAGUUCUGCAUUUCUAGUAGAAUGGAAAUUGUCUGAUGACUGUAACGAAUGUUACUAUGGUGGAGGUCGAUGCCAGACUGAUAAGAAGAACAGUUUUCUUUGUUACAAAGCUAACAGAAGCAAGUUGGGACUGAUUCUUGGAACAGUUUUUGGUGGAGUAUUGGUGAUGAUAACUUGUUUAGCUGUCUACUUAAUCUGGUGUUACAAGAGGAGGAAAUCUAAUCCACCUCACUUCCUCUCAACAAGAAAAUUGUCAUAUGUAUUUAAAAAUGAUGUUGAGGGAGGCAGUAUAUACUUUGGCAUCCCAGUGUUCUCUUAUUCGGAACUUGAAGACGCCACAAAUGAUUUCAAUUCCUCUCGAGUCCUUGGAGAUGGAGGUUUCGGAACUGUUUACUAUGGACAACUUAAGGAUGGACGAGAGGUUGCUGUGAAGCGCCUAUACGAGCACAACUCCAAACGAAUGCAGCAGUUUGUAAAUGAAAUUGAGAUCCUUACUAGGCUAAGGCACAACAAUCUUGUCACUCUCUAUGGCUGCACUUCAAGGCAUAGCCGUGAACUACUCCUUGUCUAUGAAUACAUUCCUAAUGGAACUCUUGCUGAUCACCUUCACGGUGAUAGAGCGAAGAACAGAUCACUCACCUGGCCAGUCCGCUUGAACAUUGCCAUAGAAACUGCUGGCGCAUUGGCUUACCUUCAUGCUUCUGACAUAAUACACUGUGAUGUCAAGACUAAUAACAUACUCCUUGAUCAGAAUUUCAGUGUCAAAGUUGCAGAUUUCGGGAUAUCACGUCUCUUCCCAAAUGAUGUCUCUUAUAUCUCAACUGCACCCCGGGGUACCCCUGGCUAUAUCGAUCCAAAGUAUCACGAAUGUUACCAGCUGACCAUAAAAAGUGAUGUUUAUAGCUUUGGGGUAGUCCUUGUUGAACUCAUUUCAUCAAUGCCAGCUGUGGAUAUGAAGAGGCAUAGUCAAGAGAUUAAUUUAGCUAACUUUGCUAUAAACAAGAUUGUGAAAUGUUCAUUCAACGAGUUGAUCGAUCCAUCCCUGGGGUUCGAUUCAGAUACCAAUAUUUGGAAAAUGACUAGUUCAGUAGCAGAGUUGGCUUUUCUAUGCUUACAGACAGAUAGGGACAUGAGGCCUACUAUGGUUGAAGUUUUGGAUACUCUAAAAGAGAUUCAGACUAGUGAAUUUGAUAAUGAGAAGAGAGCUAAGUUAUUGCUGAAUCAAGUUAAAUCACAACCUUCACCAAAUUGUGUGACUGAUAAAUGGAUUACUUGCUCUAGUACUACAGCUAACACAAAGUAGUAGCAAUGUUGUUGCUACUGUGACAAGUUUCUUGCUAUAUUGUUGCUCCGACUCUUCGAAAAUAUUCACACACAACUAUUGGAUACUCCAAAAGUACUGAAUUUUGAAGAAUCCAACAUAGGUGCGACAACAGUUUUGGAGAGUCCGAGCGUGAUAGGUUUCUUGAACUAUGUAUCUUAGUACAUCUACAGUUACUCUUUUAC